AUGGGAUUCGGGUUUCAAUGGAUGAUAUUGGCUUUAAGUGUGCAAUUCUUGAUUGUUGCUGGAGAAUACUUCAAGCCAUUCAAUGUCAGCUACGAUCAUAGGGCACUGAUCAUCGACGGCAAACGCCGCAUGCUCAUUUCUGCAGGAAUUCACUACCCACGUGCCACACCCGAAAUGUGGCCUGAUCUGAUAUCUAAGACCAAAGAAGGUGGGGCAGAUGUCGUUGAAACAUACGUAUUUUGGAAUGGUCAUGAGCCUGUAAAGGGACAGUAUUACUUUGAAGGGAGAUAUGAUAUCAUGAAGUUUGUGAAGCAAGUCGGUUCAAGUGGGCUCUAUUUAUUUCUGCGGAUAGGUCCUUAUGUUUGUGCAGAGUGGAAUUUUGGGGGCUUCCCUGUUUGGCUUCGAGAUGUACCUGGUAUAGAAUUUCGAACGGACAAUGUGAUCUUCAAGGAAGAGAUGCAGCGGUUUGUCAAAAAGAUAGUCGAUCUGAUGAAAGAGGAAUCACUUUUCUCUUGGCAAGGUGGUCCAAUAAUUAUGUUGCAGAUUGAAAAUGAAUAUGGAAAUAUUGAAAGCUCUUUCGGUCCUAGGGGGAAAGACUAUAUGAUAUGGGCUGCCAAAAUGGCUGUUGGACUUGAUGCUGGUGUUCCAUGGGUUAUGUGCAAGCAAGUUGAUGCUCCAGAAUACAUUAUAGAUACCUGCAAUGGAUACUAUUGUGAUGGUUUCAAGCCCAAUUCUGACAAGAAACCGAUAUUUUGGACUGAGAACUGGGAUGGAUGGUACACGAGUUGGGGAGACAGAGUCCCACAUCGACCAGUUGAAGAUCUCGCAUUUGCAGUUGCUCGCUUUUUUCAGCGUGGGGGGAGCUUCCAGAAUUAUUAUAUGUAUUUUGGUGGGACAAACUUUGGCCGAACUUCAGGGGGGCCAAAUUACAUUACAAGUUAUGAUUAUGAUGCACCAAUUGAUGAAUAUGGAUUACUCAGCCAGCCUAAAUGGGGACACUUAAAAGAUCUGCACGCUAUCAUAAAGCUUUGCGAGCCUGCUCUCGUCGCCGUGGAUUCGCCUCAGUAUAUCAAAUUGGGACCAAAGCAGGAGGCACACGUGUACCGUGAAAAUGUGCAUAACAGUGACCAAAAUUUGUCCUUUUAUGAAAGCAAGUGCUCAGCAUUUCUUGCAAAUAUUGAUGAGCAUAAAUCUGUUACGGUAAAAUUCCUAGGUCGAGCAUAUACUUUACCACCGUGGUCAGUUAGUGUAUUGCCAGACUGCAAAAAUGUUGCCUUCAAUACUGCUAAGGUUGGGGCUCAAACUUCAAUUAAGACAGUAAGAUUUGAUGAUAUAAAUGAUCCUGCAUAUUUGCAAAUGAUGGAUCCAAACCAAGUUACCCAUAUAUCAGAAAGCUGGAAUUCUGUUAAAGAACCAAUUGGUGUGUGGAGCAACAGCAAUUUUACAUUUCAAGGCAUAUUGGAGCAUUUGAAUGUGACAAAAGACCGGUCUGACUACCUGUGGUAUACGACCAGAAUACACAUAUCUGAGGAGAACAUCUCAUUUUGGAAAGAUAAUCAAAUCAGCCCAGUACUUACUAUUGACAGCAUGCGUGAUUUGGUUUACAUAUAUGUCAACAGCCAAUUCAUAGGUGGUGCGAAAGGUAAAUGGAUAAAGGUAGUUCAGCCUGUCAACCUGACGCAAGGAUACAACGAUAUAACAUUGUUAUCUCAAACAGUGGGCUUGCAGAACUAUGGUGCCUUCUUAGAGAAGGAUGGGGCAGGGUUUAGGGGUCAAAUCAAGCUUACAGGGUGUAAAAACGGAGAUAUUGAUCUCACGGAGUUUAUGUGGACCUAUCAGGCAGGGCUUAAGGGUGAGUUUCUGAAAAUAUUUUCCACUGAUGACAAUAUAAGCGCAGGGUGGACAGAAUUUCCACGUGAUGCAAUUCCGUCCAGCUUUUCUUGGUACAAGACGCAUUUUGAUGCCCCUGGUGGGGUAGAUCCUGUUGUCCUUAAUUUUAGAAGUAUGGGAAAGGGUCAAGCUUGGGUCAAUGGCCACCACAUUGGAAGAUAUUGGACUUUGAUUGCCCCAAAAGAUGGAUGUAAAACUUGUGACUAUCGGGGAUCUUAUGAUUCCGACAAAUGUACAACAAACUGCGGGAAGCCCACUCAAUCUUGGUACCACAUACCAAGAUCAUGGUUACAGGCUGCAGACAAUUUGCUUGUCAUCUUUGAGGAGACGGAGAAGACCCCGUUUGAGAUAUCCAUCAAGUCGGGUUUCUCAGAAACUAUUUGUGCUAAAGUAUCAGAGAACCAUUAUCCACCUCUACAUGCUUGGUCCAGUCCAAAUAUCACCAAUAGAACAUUUUCACUGAAUACCAUGAUACCUGAAUUGCACUUGCAGUGUGAUGCUGGACAUACAAUCUCUUCCAUCGAGUUUGCAAGCUAUGGAACUCCCCGAGGAAGCUGCCGCAAGUUCUCCAAAGGCAGUUGCCACUCACCUAAUUCAUUUUCCGUGGUAUCUGAGGCUUGUAAGGGAAGAAACGGUUGUUCUAUUGCAGUUUCCAAUGCUGUAUUUGGUGGAGACCCGUGUCACCGUGUUGUCAAGACUUUGUCUGUUGAAAUUCGAUGCUCGUCUUCAUCAUACAGUAGCUCUGCCUUAAUGAAAUGA